AUGAAGAAUGAGAAUCACACUGUGGUGAGUGAGUUUACUUUCCAGGGUUUCACCAGCUUCCAUGAGCACCAGCUCACCCUCUUUAUUGUGUUUGUUUCACUGUACACAUUAACCCUGGCAGGCAAUGUCAUCAUUGUGACCGUCAUUAGCGCUGACCGUCACCUCCAUACCCCCAUGUACUUCUUCCUCAGCAUGCUGUCAGCCUCAGAGACCGUGUACACACUCAUCAUCAUACCCAAGAUGCUCUGUAACCUCGUAGGCCUGAGUCAGCCCAUCUCCUUGGCAGGUUGCGCCACUCAGAUGUUCUUCUUCAUCACUUUAGCCAUCAACAAUUGCUUCCUGCUCGCGGCAAUGGGGUACGACCGCUAUGUGGCCAUCUGCAACCCCUUACGGUAUACAAUCAUGAUGAACAAGAGGGUGUGCAUCCAGUUGGUAUGGGGGGCCUGCAGCAUUGGCCUAAUUGUGGCCAUGACACAGGUGUCAGCUGUGUUCAGGCUGCCCUUCUGUACCACAAAGGUGGCCCACUUCUUCUGUGACAUCCGCCCUGUGAUGAAGCUCUCCUGCAUUGACACCACUAUCAAUGAGAUCCUGACGCUGAUCAUCAGUGUCCUGGUCAUCCUGGUUCCCAUGGGUCUGGUUUUCAUCUCCUACAUCCUUAUCAUCUCCACUAUCCUUAAAAUUGCCUCUGCUGAGGGCCGGAAGAAGGCCUUUGCCACAUGUGCCUCCCACCUCACUGUGGUCAUUGUCCACUAUGGCUGUGCCUCCAUUGCCUACCUCAAGCCCAAGUCAGAGAACACGAUGGAUCAGGAUCAGCUGAUCUCAGUGACCUACACUGUCAUCACCCCCCUACUGAACCCUGUGGUGUACACCCUGAGGAACAAAGAGGUCAAGGAUGCUUUGUUGCGGGCUAUUGGCAGAAAGCUUUCUUGA